UGUUAGUUUGUUGAUUUUCGCAACAAGUCAUGAAUACAGCUACAUUGAAUGCCUCAACAACCACCUUGGGACAUGAGGCAACCACAACUAAUAACACCAUAUGGGUGUGUGAACGCUUCACAAGGGCUGCAAGGUCAAGAGGAAUAUUCUUCAGUGAUAACCCUUUGUCUUACACAAUGCCAGUGCUUAUUCUUCAAACCUCCGUUGUUGCAUUGAUCACCACAACCUUACAACUCCUAUUAACCCCCUUUGGCCAAAGUAGUUUUGUUCCCCAGAUGCUGGGAGGAUUAGCACUAGGACCAUCCAUCCUGGGACAAAUCGGUGUGGUUCAAAAGUAUCUGUUCCCACCAAGAACCUUCUACGUGAGCGAGACCAUCGCCUUUUUCGGCAGCAUGAUAUUCAUGUUCCUCAUAGGAGUCAAAAUAGACCUAACCUCAAUAGUCACAACGGGUAAAAAAACGUGGGCAAUUGCACUCUCUUGUUUCGUAUUCCCCAUCGUUUUCACCGCAGUAACCGCCCUCACACUCCGCGCACUAUUCCUGCUCCCUCAAGAAAACCUCUACACUUCCAUCUUCUACGUCUGUUUCUACUUAUCAAGCUGUUCAUUCCACUCCACAGCAAGCCACCUCGCAGAUCUCAAGCUCUUGAACUCUGAGCUUGGCCGUUUGGCCGUUUCUUCCUCCAUGAUUUCUGGAACAAUCUCUGCUGUUUUGAUAACUUCAGUUUUCUCACACCAUGGUUUGAGGAAGGGCUCUAGGUCGUUGCAAAUGGCGUCGCUUUCGUUCCUUUUCUUGGUGGCUGUCAUAGUUUUUGUUUGUAGGCCCAUCAUAAUGUGGAUGAUAAGGCGAACCCCGGAAGGAAAGCCCAUUAAGGAAGCCUACAUAAUUAUGAUUUUCGUAAUGAUGUUGUUGUCUGCGUUGUUUAGUGAGCUUAUUGGGGGGCAUUUUAUGACUGGGCCUAUACUUUUGGGCCUUGCUGUGCCUGAUGGGCCGCCUUUGGGCUCAGCGUUGAGUGAGAAGCUGGAUGCUUUGGUUUCGGCAGUGUUCUUGCCGUUGUAUUUUCUUUUCUGUGGGGCAAGGUUUAAUUCCUUUGCACUUGAUGCAACGAGCUUUGCGGUUGUGCAGGUUUUGGCUAUAAGUAGCUUCCUUGGGAAGAUUUUUGGAGCAAUGUUGCCUUCGCUUUAUUGCAAGAUGUCUGUCACUGAUUCUCUCUCCUUAGGUCUUAUCAUGAGUGCACAGGGCAUCACUCAAAUGCUCUACUUGCAAGGUUCUAUGUACCUCAAGAUUAUAGAUACGGAAACAUAUGGCAAUGUGGUGAUAUCAAUGAUAUGGUUAACGGGAGCAACCACACCUUUAGUGAAAUUCCUAUAUGACCCUUCGAAGAGGUACUUAGCCAUAAACCGAAGAAGAACCAUUGAACAUGCAUCUCCAGACGUGGAACUCCUCCUCAUGGCAUGCAUUCACAACGAAGAAAACACACCAUCCACUAGCAGCAAAACAAAUUCCCUAUACUCCACCCAUUCUCAACACAUCAUCAACGCUUUCAGAUCUUACGAGCAGCAAAAUGUCGACAAACUUGUCGUCAAUCUCUUCUCAUCCAUUUCUCCUUAUGAAACAAUGCAUGACGAGGUUUGCAUGCAAGCCGCGGAGAAAAGGGUCUCUAUGUUGAUCGUCCCAUUUCACAGGCAAUGGAGUUCCAACGGUGUAGUAACUGAAUCAGCGCAUCCGAUUAGGGCAUUCAACCGUCAAAUAUUGAGAACUGCGCCUUGUUCGGUAGGAAUACUGGUUGAUCGUGGAACUUUGAGCAAGAGCAAUUAUUUAACGUCUGCUUCCUUCUAUAGCGUCGGAGUCUUGUUCAUAGAAGGCUCCGACGAUCGCGAAGCGUUGGUUUACGCGAUGCGCAUGGCGGAUCAUCCUAAUGUGAGUGUUACAGUGGUUAGGUUAAUAGAGCCAAGAAGAAAAAGUAGGAACUUAAUGAUGAGAGAUCCAGAUGGGGAUUUAAUUCAUAAGUUUAAAGUAGAGCACUGCAUUCAAAUCAAAAGACAUGACUAUAGAGAAGAAGUGGUGAGGGAUAGUGUUGAGAUGAUUAGUGCGAUUAAGUCUUUGAAUGGUUGCUUUGAUUUGAUUAUGGUGGGUAGGCGGCAUGCGAAUGGUGAAUCUUCAUCGUUGUUUAAUGGAAUGAAUGAGUGGAAUGAGUAUCCUGAACUUGGUGUUGUAGGCGACAUGCUUGUUUCUUCGGAUUCUAGUUAUGAUGGUUCUGUUAUGGUGGUGCAGCAACAAAUGUUAGGGUUUGGUGGUGGUGGUUAUCAUCAUCCUGAUUUUCAUAUGGAUUCCAAUAAUGGUCUUAUGAACCAUCAUCCUAGGCAAGAAAGACCCCCGAAUGUUGUGGAAGUGCCACGUGAUACAAGGGUGUGGCCAAUGGUAUGAUUAACCAUAUUGGAUAUUGAAGAUUUAUCAACAACAUAUAGAUUUUAGAAUUUAGACCCGUAAAACAAUUUUAGAAAAGGAAAUCAUU